UUCAGGUGAAUCCCCAUGCUCCGGUGCGUGGCCGCCGCUCGCCUGAGGUGGCUUCCAUGCAAUGGGUUUGCCAGAGGGCUCAAUGAGCCGUGCAGAACCCCGCAUUGUCAUGGUGGUGGUGGUGGUGGUGCUGCUGCUGCUGCUGCCAGUUCUUGGCAUGUCCAUGAUUCAUCAUCGUCAGGUGCAUCGAGCUGGGCCACUCCCAAUUGUGACAUGGUUCGGCUGAGGCCGUUCUCGGCUGCUCCGGCGCGAUGCGGAGAGGAGGAGCACUUGGGGGAUGGGAUUGAGGAUGAGGAGGAUCAGAGGCAGCUCAAGCAAAUGGAGAACAGGCGCGACGUCCGCGUCGCGCGGAAGGCUUUCAUGGAGUACCUCCAUGUCACCCGUGGGAUUUGCUUCAAUGACGCCGAGCACAUGAGCAAGUGUGCACCGGUCUUCAUCGGCAAGCUGCUUGAGAAGGUGAAGGAUGCGGCGAAGGAGCCUGAAGAGAGGGAAGAGGAGGCACCCUUCAGGUCGAAGGUGAAGAGGAGGGAAAUGAGGGAUAACAGGGUCAGUAAGGCGUUGGCGCGGUUGUUCAACUUCCACCCCAUCAAUGAGUUUGAGCCGUUCUUUGAGAGUAUCGGCAUCGCGCCGGGCGAGUAUGAACCCCUGUUGCCUCGUCAUCUCAUGUUUCUUAACGAUGAUGAGACAUUGCUCGACAAUUUCCGGGUUCUUUGCAACUAUGGCAUCGCGCGCACCAAGAUAGGGAGGAUAUACAGGGAUGCUAGUGAAGUGUUUAGUUUGGGCGAGGGCGUUCUGGCAUCUAAGCUGAAGGCCCUUGAGGAGCAAGGGCUGAGUAAGACCAGUGUGAUCAAGCUGGUUGUAUCAAGCCCUGUCAUACUGCUCCGUGAUCCAAAUGUGGAACUGAAGAUCCUGAAGUGGCUAGACGAUGUUGGAAUUCAGCGAGACUGGCUUGGUCGAUUCUUAUCAACAAAAAAGUCUUAUAACUGGAGAAAGAUGGUCCAAGUCCCUCAGUUCUUCAGUGAUCUAGGAUUCACUAAGGAAGGUAUUGCCAAAUUGGUCAGGCGGAAUCCUGAUUUCUUGUUUAGUGGCUCAGGAAAGAUGCUGUUCUCAGUUGUUCUCAUGAUGCUAAAAGCUGGGUCUGGAAAAAAGGAAGUAUUUGAACUUUUUAUGAAUUUCCCAAAUUUGUCGGUCGACAAUUUCAUGAGGAACCUGCGAGGGGGCAUAUUCUUUUUAGCAGAGGUUGGUGUUAGUGAAGAGGACAUUAAGAAGUUUGUGGUAUCUAAUGGAUCAGUACUUGGUUCCGUCCAAUUGAAGAAACCAAACAGCAUCCUUACGCAUCUCAGUGUAGGGAAGAAGCGCCUGUGCAAGAUGAUAAUGGAGGAUCCGCAACGGUUGUUGAAAUACUCAUUGGGGGCAAAGGUCAGCCGCCUACCGAAAGUUGAUCUCCAUGAAGCAUCGUUCAAGGAGAAGGUGAAGUUUUUACAGAGCAUAGGAUUUAUUGAAGGGUCUGAAGAUAUGAAGAGGGCACUCAAAACUUUUCGUGGUAAAGGCGAUGAGCUGCAAGAUCGCUACUACUACUUAUUGAAGACUGGUUUGGACCCAAUAGAUGUGGUGAACAUGAUCAAGGUAGCCCCACAGGUUCUGAACCAGAAGAUCAAUGUCCUUGAAGCUAAGAUAUCUUUCUUUGUAAACGAUAUGGGAUUUCCUCUGAGUGCCCUGGUAAAUUUCCCCGCGUUCCUGUCGUUUACUGUGGAGAGAACCAAGCUUAGAUUUUUGAUGUACAAUUGGUUGGUGGAUAAAGGAGUGGUUCCCCCUCAAUUAGCUCUUAGCACUAUCCUAGCCUGUGCAGACAAACGUUUCAUAAAGUACUAUGUAGUAAAGCACCCUUUGGGUAUUGAAACCUGGGAGAAAUUCAAGAAAGAGGUAGCUUCAACAAAAACAACACAACUUGUAACUCCAGAUGAUUAGCCUGAUAUAUUAUGUUUUCUUUCUCAACUGAUUGCCAUUCUGCUGGCUAGAAACUAUUUUUGCUUCACACAAAUAGGUAGCUUCAACUUUGUCUGGAGGUUUAUACCUAUGUUUACUUUAAAUGUGUAUAUCUCCGUUAAUAAUUUUGUCCACAGAGAAGAUUAUUGAUCUUGCCAUGGAUCAUUUUUGAGUAGUUUCCGUCAAGAAAAUCUACAUGUUAGAGGUUGAUAAGCCUGGAAGUCCUGUAACUUUUUCUAGUCUCAUAAUGCUUCAUGUGGUAAAUGGUCAUGAGAUCCUUGGCAGUAGUAGUAAUUCUAGCAUUUGUGCAUCAACCACAUAAACUUUAUGGAUGAAGGU